AUGAAUCGAUUUAGACGUCAGGCGUUAGGCUGUUUGCUCGUGGCCUGUUUGUUCAUCAUCAUCUCCCCACGCCUUCGAUCGUCAGACACGACAAACUCCUUACCCACACCGUCGCCGAUCGCUCAAGAAGCCCCAGCAGUGGACGAUCUUCCGCCAAAUGAUCCCAUUUCUGAUUCAUUAUGGCGGAGAUUGCCUGUCCGAUACCCCGCUGUCCCUGGCCAGCCGCUUCCAACAGAAACAUCACGAAAGCUCCCUCGCAUCCAGCUAGCUACGUCUAAAUUCUCGCGAUUGACGCUGUGGUACCAGUCAGAGAGACAGGCAGCAGUGAAAGAUGCGUUCCAGCGCUGCUGGGAUUCUUACAAGUCCAUCGCAUGGCCGACAGAUGAGCUUGCGCCCCUGAGCGGCUUGCCGCGAAACGUCCUCGGGGCAUGGGGUACAACGUUAAUCGAUAAUCUGGAUACACUCUGGAUCAUGGACAUGAAAGAGGACUUUGAAAAGGCUGUCGCAGCCGUUUCGGAAAUUAAUUUUGAAGAUACCCCGUCGCCAGAGAUCAAUACCCACGAAGUCAACGUCCGCAUUCUCGGAGGACUACUCUCGGCAUACGACUUGAGCGCCGAUAAACAAUUAUUGAACAAAGCAGUCGAUGUCGGCGACAUGCUUUACGCUGCAUUCGACACCCCCAACCGCAUGCCGAUUAUCCAUUGGGAUCUCCACAAAGCCGCCCGUCAAGAAGAGCAACAAGCCGAGGAAGUCGUAUCGGCAUCAGAGCUCGGCUCUUUCGUGCUGGAGUUUACGAGACUGUCUCAAAUUACAGGUGAUCCGAAAUACUUUGACGCAGCGCAGCACGUCAUGACCAAAUUCGACCAGCUGCAAGGGCAGACAAAACUGUCGGGGAUGUGGCCGGUCAUCCUCAAUCCGCGGGCGGAGGUCUUCAGCGGGGAUGUGUAUACAAUGGGUGCUGAGGUUGACUCCUUGUACAAGGAUAUACCCAGAGCAUAUGCGCUGCUCAGCGGACAAGUGCCCAUUUACCGGAAAAUGUACGAGAGGACGACUCGCACCGCCGCAAGCCACAGCUUCUUUCGCCCACUUAACGCCGAGAACAAAGGUAUACUGCUUCCAGGGUCGGUCCGCGUGUCGAUAACGCAGAAUGGAAAGCAGCGAACGACACUCCAAGCUCAAGCCCAUUACCGAGGAUGCUUUGCAGGUGGAAUGUUUGCGAUGGGCGGCCAGCUCUUCAACAUUCCGAUUCACCGACAGAUCGCCGACAAUCUGGUCGACGGGUGUAUCUGGGCACAGAAGACAAUGCCAAUGGGGAUUAUGCCGGAGGUAUUCGAAACAAUCCCGUGCGAGUCGCAACGCAGCUGUCCCUGGAAUGAGUGGCUCUGGAAACAAGAGGUCAGGAAGAAAGCAAGCAAUCAACAGAACGCAGACCUCACUCUCAACAUCGACGCCUUCAUAAAGGAUCACAACCUUCCGAAGGGGAUCAUCGCUGUUACCGACACUCGGUACAACCUGCGACCAGAGAUGAUCGAGAGCAUGUUUAUUCUCUAUCGCACUACGGGUCGAGAAGACCUGCUCGAUAUUGCCUGGGAGAUGUUUGAGAAUAUUCAGAAUGCGACACAUGUUCCGAAUGGUAAUGCGGCGAUUGUGGAUGUGACAGUCGAUGCCGCGCCGAUCCACAGUGAUUCGAUGGAAAGUCACUGGAUGUCGCAAACUCUGAAAUACUUCUAUCUGAUGUUUAGUGCUCCGGAUCUCAUCAGCAUGGAUGAAUACGUCUUCAACUCUGGCGGGCAUCCUUUCAAGAUGCCAGGAUCUACAAAAGAGCCUGUCAGGUAA